UCUAGUGUAAUUAACUUGGUUCAGUUCAUGUAUUCGCCGAAAGAUGGCGCUAUAUGUAGUGGCGGAUUGAUCGCAUAGGUUAAGCGGGGUAGUGUUAGUUUGAUGUGUAUUGUGUUGAAGUUUUUGUAUUUUCGUUACAGUGAAAAUAAAAGUGACAUGAUUUUGAGAUGUUUUGUGUUGACAGUAAUUUAGAACAAAGUUAAUUAGUGCAUGGAGUUUAAUUAAACAUUUCGUCGGUCCCUUGAGGGAUUCGGUAUUUCCUUUCGUUCGAGAAGGGCACGAUGCUCUUUCUAGCUUUGUGAUAUGGUCACUAUGAGCUCCGAUAAGUCGGUUGUCCGACGCAAAGCAGAUUCAAACAAUGGUGCUCAGGCAGCAGGACCUGUGCCUGGUGGUACCGAAGAUACUCCAAAUCAUCUUGUUUACAAAAAAAUGGAGCAGAUUGUUGAAAAAAUGCAGGAUGAAACAACUGGAGUACCUGUCAAAACAGUCAAAAGUUUCAUGUCUAAAAUACCAUCCGUGUUCACAGGAUCAGAUUUGAUAAUGUGGAUGCUGAAGAACUUGGAUGUUGAAGAUCAAGUGGAAGCCCUACAUCUUGCUCACUUGAUGGCGGCACAUGGGUACUUUUUUCCUAUUGAUGAUCAUAUGUUAACUGUCAAAAAUGACAAUACUUUCUACAGAUUUCAGACACCAUACUUCUGGCCAUCAAAUUGCUGGGAACCAGAAAACACAGACUAUGCUGUUUACCUCUGCAAGCGGACUAUGCAAAACAAGACACGACUGGAGCUAGCUGAUUAUGAGGCAGAAAACCUGGCACGAUUACAAAAAAUGUUUUCCAGGAAGUGGGAGUUUAUAUUCAUGCAAGCCGAAGCCCAAAGCAAAGUAGACAAGAAACGUGACAAACUGGAAAGAAAAGUACUUGACAGUCAAGAACGUGCCUUUUGGGAUGUGCAUCGGCCCAUGCCAGGGUGUGUAAAUACUACUGAAAUUGAUAUAAAGAAAGCCUGCAGAAUGAAUAAACCAUUGAAAAGUAGUAAGCAUCUACAGUUGGGUGUGGCUGGAGGUCGCAUUUCACCCUCAACAUUGGAAACUGAUCUUGCUACACCUGUGGAACAUUUAAAGAGACAUAUAGCUAUGCUAAGGAAGCGUUUAGAUAGACGGAAUAUUAAAGUUUCUAAAGUAGCAGAGGCGUGCAUCAGCUACUUUGAACAGUAUAUUGAAUAUGAUCCAUUUUUCACUCCACCUGAGCUUACUAAUCCAUGGAUUUCAGAUAGUACUGAAUUAUGGGAGCAGGAAAAAACAGCGAAAGAAAUUUCUGCUCGGCGAGUAAAACGCUGGGCAUUCAGCCUUCAGGAGCUACUGCAAGAUCCUGUAGGGAAGGAACAUUUCACCAAAUUUCUUGAUAAAGAAUUCAGUGGGGAAAAUCUCAAGUUUUGGGAAGCUGUACAAGAAGUAAAAGCUUUGCCUCAGAAGGAUGUCCAGGACAAAGUAAAUGAGAUUUGGGCUGAGUAUUUGGCACCUGAUGCUAGCUGUCCAAUAAAUGUUGAUUCCCGUUCUUAUGAAAUCACCAAAAAGAACAUGGAAAGUCCCGAUCGGUGGAGCUUUGAUGUAGCUGCAGCACAUGUUUAUCACUUGAUGAAAAGUGAUAGCUAUUCGCGGUAUUUAAGAUCUGAAAUGUAUAAAGAAUUCUUAAAUGGCUCAAAGAAAAAGACAUCUGUGAAAGGAAUUCGCUCAAUAGUUUCUUUCUCAGCUCGUAAGGAAACAACAUCAUCAUAGUAUGGUUUUAUGGGAAGAAAAUAAUUUUCUAAAAUAUAUACAUCGUGAUACCCACAAGCUGAAAUCAUGAGAAUGGUGGUCAAAUAUUGCAUGAAGAUGGAAUUUUGUAUAGAUGUUAGUGAAGGAAACCAUCCGUUUUGGUGUUUGGAUUUCACUAUGCAAAAGGGGUUGUGAACCCAUAAGUGAUAUUUUUGUAACCUGUAACAUCCUUACUUGUGAUGCAGUGAGUACAUGAAUUGAGGUUGCUAAGUAUAAAUGAGAAAUUGCUGUUAAGAACUGUUCUGUUAGAAAUGUGAGUGUAAAUUGAUAAUUUAAAAUUUAGAAUGUGUAGAAGUUAAAUAUGACUGGUGCAUUACAAGACUACUCUUCAUGUAUUAUAAUGGGGACUGUCACUGUCAUGUACAUAAUUUGAGAAGCUUUUUUUGUUGGCAGGCUAUAACCAAAGUUACUCUGUUAUGUGGUAUGAAACUAUUUUCAGCUCUUAAUGCUGCAGAAUAUGUAACAUAUACCUGUAAGAAAUUAGAUUUAUGUAUGUAAGCCUUGCAAUAUCUUCUCUUUAUGCUCCCUUAAAACUUAAUAAAGCAUUUAAAAUCAGGAUUUUGUUUACUGGCUGCACAAAUGCAGUGCUAGUAUUUUGAACAUUUUUUUAAGAAUAUAUAGUUACUUUGAUUCCAAGAUUCUUUUGUUUUUAUUGUAUCUUUGAUAAUUUUGAAUUUCAUUGUUGCAUAUUAGUACGUCUUGAUAUUGAAAUUAGCUUCUCAUACUCCAUAAUUUAAGGAAGGUACAGCACAAAGUGUAACCAUAUCAAGGAGAUUAAUUUGAGUCACUGCAGUUUUUACCAUGCUGUCACCUGUGAAACAAAGUAUUAAAAAUAACAGUAAGUGUAAACUUGGUAAAUGAGAUUUAGGAUGCUAACAUAGUUGUUAUAUGAUCCUUAUGUGAGGAGACUUAGUAGUCUGACUUAAUAUUUUGUAACGUAAGCACAGAAUUUGUAGAGUCAAGAAGGAUAUGAAACAUUUGAUGUUUGUAUCAUUCACAAAGUGUUCUGCAGUCUACGUGUUUUCUGUUUCCUAGUGCCAUAAUUGGAGUGUCACAAUAUCCAUCCAGCGUGCAACAUGAUCUGUGUCUGGAGACAUUGAUAUAGAUGAGGUUUGAAUAUGCUGGCAAGAAACUCCAAAGUUAUGGAGUUCUCUCUGAGUAUUAUUACUUAAAAUGUAAUUCAGUGUUCAAUAGCAGAUUGAAAUAUUACUAAAUAUCUUCAUUUAUAGUAGCAAAAUGACAGAAAGUAUCAACAUGAAUUUUAGUGGAUAAUGUUGACAUGUUCAAAAUUCAUUUACACUCUGUGACAUGUUGGUUCGUUUACUUCUGUGCUUGAAGCAAUUGUAGAUGUCCACGGGUAGUAUGGUAGUUGGUGUUACAGAAGAAAGCCAAACCCACAGCUGUUAGUCAGCUUUUGAAACUAUUUACAAAAUUAUUGCACAAUAUUGUAACUUAAUUCUGUAUUUCUUGUGUAGCAUUGUUAUUGUGAUUGUUUUUUUCCAUUUAUUGUUUGUUACCGAUUUUCAUAUUAAACUUAAGUGACUAAGAAUCAUCUGUGAUCGAUUUAUGUUCUAUGAAAAGACUGUACAAGUGACAGAAAAAAUUUGCUCAUGAUAAAUAUUAAGGAUACUUAUAUAUGGUGCAUUUUGUGAGGACUUUUAAGUUUUCUUAUUCCUUUUUU